UCUAAAGAAGUUGUCGUACAGCUCGCGCUGGCUUAUUAUACACCAAUGUAGUGUUAAAAAUAUAUAUAUUUUUUUUUUUAAUACUACAUUUAAUAUAAUACUAAGUCAGUUUAUUUUCAAUAAAUAAUAUUAAAUAAAACAAAUAAAGUGAGCAGUAUGUGUUAGUUCCAUAUGUGCUGGAUUAACCCCGGACAAUAUGUGGAUAAAACCACAAGAAGUUCUACUCGCAAAUGCAUUUUGGGUUACAGAGCAAGCAUCAGUAUAUUUUGUAUUACAAAGACGUAAAGGACAUGGAAAAAGUAAAGGACUGUCAUCAAUAUUGGUGGGUACACUUGACAGUGUAUUCGAUACUAAACCACCACCUUUUAGAAUAUUACAUCAAACACCGUCUUCUGAAGUUUACUGGGCUGUUGCAUGUUCCUUGACACGUGAUGAAAUAUCACAGAACUGGGAUUGGUUACAUGCGAAUCUUAUGGACACUUUGAAAUCAUUUGACAGUGAAGACGAAAUAACUGAAUUUGUUUGUUGUAAAAUCCAGUCUAUUAUAGCUAAUAAUGUUCCAGAUUGUCAAUUUUCCGAAGAAGAAGAUCCACAGUCAUUUAAAACAGCAUCAUAUAAAUUUCAUCAAUUGUUUAAUUUACCAAGCGACGAUAAACUUGUCAAUUAUUAUUCAUGCAGUUAUUGGAAAGCUAAAUUACCGCGACAAGGAUGGUUAUAUUUAUCAGUAAAUCAUAUGUGUUUUUACGCAUAUAUAUUAGCUAAAGAAACAAAAUUGUUAAUAAGAUGGGCUGAUAUUAUUGCUUUGGAUAAAACUAAUUCUUUAGUAUUUCCCGACAGUAUUCGUGUUGUAACGCGAGACAAUAAAGAGCAUUAUUUUUCAAUGUUUUUACAUAAAUCAGAGACCUAUUCGCUGAUGGAACAGCUUACAAAUAUUGCAAUGAAGCGAUUAAUUGAUGAAAAAAGUGGUUUCAAUGAAGACAGGGAGUUAUUAAGUAAAUUAAGUAAAAAUGUACCGAAGAAGCCUUCAUUUUUAAAACGUGAUCUUGACGCAAGAGCACACUCUGAAUCAUAUAGAUUACAGUUUAGAUUACCCGGAAACGAAAAAUUAGAUGGUAGUAUUGACGCAACGCUUUGGACACCUUAUAAUAAACGUCAUAUCUGGGGAAAAAUUUUUUUAUCGCAAAAUUAUCUUUGUUUUGAAAGCCGGGUAAGACAAUUAGUCAGCUUAGUAAUUCCAUUACGUGAAGUAAGACUAGUUGAACCAGCAGAUCAAUCACCAAGCUCAUCAACAUCAACAGACAAAUCGAUUCUCGUAACAACACCUCGUUCAUCAUUUUUAUUCGCUCAAAUUCACGAUCGUGAUUUUGUCGUACAAAAAAUAUCGGAACUUUUGGCUAAAACAAAAUCAAAUCAAUUAAACAGUUUUUAUAGAACUACGAAUCAUGGAUCAAAUUAUCAAUCAAAAGACGAUAGUGAUGAGGCAAAAAAAAAAAAUUGGUCGCCGCAGCCACCGCUGAUGACUCUUUUCAAAGCGCCAUUGAGCACUGAAGCAGCUGUCAAACAAGAGUCUAAAGAAAAACAAUGGGAAUUACAUUUUGCUGAGUAUGGGCGAGGGAUAACUAUUUACCGGACCACAGAAACGGCUAAAUUGGUGAUACAAGGAGUACCGCAAACACUUCGCGGGGAAGUCUGGUUAACUUUCUCCGGUGCUAUCAAUGAAAUGGCUAUGAAUCCUGGUUUAUAUCAAUCAUUAGUUGAUCAAUCACUUGGUAAAUUGUGUCAAGCUAAUGAAGAAAUAGAACGCGAUUUGCAUCGGUCAUUACCAGAGCAUCCGGCAUUUCAGUCUGACACAGGAAUAAGCGCUUUAAGACGAGUAUUGUCUGCAUAUGCUUGUAGAAAUCCUCAAAUAGGAUAUUGUCAAGCAAUGAAUAUUGUAGCGUCCGUUCUUUUAAUUUACUGUUCAGAAGAGUCAGCAUUUUGGCAACUGUGUAAUGUCUGCGAAUCUUUACUUCCCGACUAUUAUGACAGACGUGUCGUAGGUGCUCUUGUAGAUCAAGGACUUUUAGAAGAAUUAGCAGAGGAACAGUUACCAACACUUCACGCAAAACUUCAAGAGCUUGGUUUGAUACGCGUGAUAUCAUUGUCAUGGUUCCUAACAAUAUUUUUAAGUGUAAUGCCAACCAGUAGCGCAGUCAAUAUAAUGGAUUGUUUUUUUUACGACGGUGCUAAAGUUAUAUUCCAGAUAGCGCUUAUGGUUUUGGAGUGGAAUCAAGACAAAUUAUUGGAGUGUCGCGAUGACGGUGAAGCGAUGCAGUUAUUAACAGACUAUCUUGGCGGUGUUUACAAUGACGAAGGCCCUGUUUUACCUCGGCCUGUUGACAGCGCAGUGCCACCAAGAAGUAUAUCAGUACAAACACUGAUAUAUGAAUCGUAUUCACGCUACGGCACAUUAUCAAUUGGUAGAAUAGAGCGACUGAGAUUGAAGCAUAGGCUGCGCGUUGUUCAGCAUCUAGAGGAAGGUAUAGAAAAAAAUGUGAUAAGAAGCAUCGUCGUUGAUAAAUUUAUGACCAGCGAUGAGUUACAAGAGUUACUUAGUUUAGUCCGAGAAGAACUGAUGAGUCAACGUAAAUCCGAGCCUGAAAGAUAUGAUCCGACGCAGCCGCCUUAUGAGGCAUACAAAGUUGACUUUGAACUGUUUCGUAUUCUCUUUGGCGGGUUGUCGCCGUGGGGAAAAUGCACACAGGCCGAGUCAUUGGCGGCACGAUUGUUCCGUCUGAUGGAUCGAAAUCAUGACGGUUAUCUUAAUUUCCGUGAAGUUGUGCAGGCUAUUGGUAUCACAACAACUGCUGAUGCUGCUCAGCGAUUGAAAUUACUCUACACGUUACAUUUACCUCCGCUAUUGACACCUGUUGACAUUGACUCGCCUACUCAUUCAGAUGGUGCUGAAAUAGCUGCUGAGGCUACGGAUUUUUUUGACACUAUGGAGCAGAGUGUUGCUUCAUUAGACUUGUCGAUUAGUCUGGCUGAAGAACCGUCCCUGAGUGGACUAUCACGUUCUGUUAGUUUGAAUAGUCAGCAAGGUGAUCAAUCUUGGGAGAGUCAAAGUAUGGGCAGUUUGAGAUCGAUGCUUGAUUCUAAGGAAAGUCCUUUAGAUUUGAAACAUGUUCCUAAGAUGUCACAAAGACAUUUCAUUGCGCUUUGGAAAACUCUUUAUGAUAUGUUUCCUUCACAACCUGAAGACCAGGACAUUUAUCAUUCAAUUGCAUCAAUUGGUACAUUAUUAUUGCAACUUGGAGAUGUUGGAAAAAAAUUUUACGUUGAUCGUGAAGAAUCUGAAGACAAUUUACUAAUAGCUACUAAUAGUCAAAUAAAAACCCAGCGGAUUGAAAGAUCGCCAGAUCGUAAUGGAAAUCCGUCAACGAGUAGUUCAUCAUCGGCAGAUCCAGACUGGUCAAUAACUGUAGAACAAUUUUUAGCUUCAGCAUUAAAUGGUGCGCCGAUAACAGAAUUUUUUAGCAAACGCGCUAAUUUAAUCGAAGCUAUCGCAACACUUCGUAACCGAAGAUUUAACAGAGUGCAUUCACUAUCAGAUACUCCUGUACUCCACGUCUAAUGUGAUUAUUAAUUAUUUUAAAACAAUACGAAAUAAUUAUCGAUAAUCUUUUUUGAUAAAAAUUUUUCGUACCGGAAUUUUGGUUAUCCAUUUGAUAUAUAAAUUUGUAUGAUGUUUACUGCAUUGAUUAUUGUAAUGCAUGCAAUGAUAAAUAAUUAGUCCUAUCAUAAUCAAAAAUAGGAUUAUUAUCUAGUUUAAAUGAUUAAGUUAUUUAGAUUUUUUUUAUAUUUUAAUAUUUAGUAUUAUGAAGUAUUGAUUCCAUGUGUCAAUGGGUCAGUGUAAUCAAGAAAAAUCAAUUGUUAAUAUUUAUUAUUUUUUAUUUGUGAAUUUGCGAGAUAAUACUCAGGGUAUAAUUCAUGAAGAAAAUUGAUCAUUGGCUUGAAUGAUUCUAAAGUUAGCAACGAAAAUUUUUGGAUUUUUUAUCAAUAAUUUAAUGAAAAAAAAAAAAA